AUGCUAAGACGUGCAAUCACAACCCAAUCCAAUAAAAAGCUGACAUCUUUAGGUUGUACAUCGAGAUAUUUUCCUCUAUCAAGCCAACAGACCCUGUUCACACAAUAUUCUUUAAACAGAUGCUAUGCAAAAAGUCAUAGGAAUGAUAGGAAUAUACGAUCCAACAAAGAGCUAAAGAUGGUUAACUUCGUUGUACCGGAGUAUAUCUCCAUAGACAAACUUUCUAAUUUGUUGAAUUGUAGGAUACAGACUUUGAUGAAAGAUAUGCUUAACUUAGGGCUUCGUAACAUCAAUCCCUCAUACAUAUUAUCCAAAGAGUACGUCAAUUUAAUACUUCAAGAAUAUAAUUAUCAAGUGCCCAGUCGAACCUAUACAACAGCAGAUACCCUCUACAACGAUUUGAAGCAGCCGGUAAAUCCCCAAAAUUUGACUACCAGGCCUCCAAUUGUCACAAUCAUUGGCCAUGUAGAUCACGGUAAGACUACCAUCUUAGAUUAUUUACGACAGUCUCAAAACCGUAUAACCGAACAAGAACAUGGUGGCAUUACACAACAUAUCGGUGCAUUUCAAGUUGUUACCCCAAAAUCAAAGAAGACCAUUACAUUUCUAGACACACCUGGCCAUGAAGCUUUCUUGAAGAUGAGGGAAAGAGGUGCUACCGUCACCGAUAUAGUAGUUUUGGUAAUUUCUAUAGAGGAUUCAAUAAUGCCUCAAACUAUUGAAGCAAUCCAUCACAUUAAAAAGUCCGGAAACCAAGUUAUAGUAGCCAUAACGAAGAUAGAUAAAAUCCCAACUCUUAAAGAACGGGAAGCUAAGUUAGACAGAAUCCUGAAUGAACUUCUAAAUCAUGGUAUAGUUGCGGAAAAGUUCGGGGGCGAUACUCAAGUUGUUCCAAUAAGUGCCAAAACUGGUGAAAAUAUGGAUUUAUUAGAGGAAAGUAUAGUUCUCUUGAGCUCAAUCAUGGAAAUAAAAUGCGAAAACGCUAAAAAUACAAGUGUAGAAGGCUGGAUCAUUGAAAGCAAAGUCAAGGCAAAUGUUGGAAAUGUUGCCACUAUUUUGGUCAAAAAGGGUACUCUUAAAAAAGGGAAUAUUCUGCUAUGUGGUAACACUUUCUGCAAAGUAAAAAGUAUUCUGAGUAACUCCAGCAAAUUGGUAAUGCAAGGUAUGCCAUCUGAAGCAGUUGAAAUAAUUGGCUGGAAAAAUUUACCUCAAGUUGGAGAAGAAGUUCUCCAGGUGAGAAAUGAAGCUACAGCCAAAAAAUAUAUUGCCAAGAGGCUACACCUACUUGAAGUUGAAAGAAAGGCCUCUGAAGUAAAGAAAAUUAACGAAAGUAGGUCACCAGAUCAAAACAAAAAGGUGAGCCAAGUCGAAGAUGGAGAGGAGGACGUUCCUGUAGAUGAAACUAAGGGACCGAAAAGUAUCAAUUAUAUACUAAAAGCAGACGUUUCUGGCUCAGUUGAAGCAAUUAGAGAAAGUAUAGAAAUCCUCGGAAAUAAUGAGGUGAAAUGUAACGUCGUUUCCUCUUCCGUUGGGUUGCCAUCAGAAAGUGACUUCAAAAUGGCCGAGAUCACGGAGAGUAAAAUACUGUGCUUUAAUUUAGGAACUCUACCAAAUGACUUGGUAAAUAAACAUCCUACUGUCCAGAUUAAAUAUUAUGAUAUCAUCUAUAAACUGAUCGAUGAUGUUAUUGAGACAUUGGAAAGCAAUCUAAUGCCUAUUUUUGAAAGAAAAUUUGUUGCUAAGGCCGAUAUUAGAGAAGUAUUUCAGUUUAAACAGAAACAGAGAAUGAUCCAAAUUGCAGGUUGUAAAGUGAUACAGGGACAAAUAGAAAGAAAUUCAAAAGUUAUUAUAGUUCGUGGCGAAAUUACUGAUGAGCCCAUCUACGAAGGAAAAAUAGCCACUUUAAAGCACGGUAAAACCGAUAUACAAAAGUCAGGAAAAGGGCAGGAAUGUGGUAUAACUUUCGAUAAUAAUUUUGAAGCCUUCAAGUCCGGCGACAAAGUUCUUGUGUAUGAGGAGACUUCUAUCCCCCGUCACUUGUAA